AUGCAGAUUUUUGUUUCCUUCAACCACGCAAUCGACUUUGGUCUCAAGGUCGGUGGCAAAUUGCCGCGUACGCGCACUACUCGAAAUCGUAGUCGCUUCCUGCAAGGAUUUGUCUAUGAUGUUCUCGUCCAUUCGAUUAAUACCAUUACGGGAGAGAUUACUGCAAAGGACUACAAAAUGCUGAUGGACUGUGGCUGGCGUCGAAGUGGCGUUCUCACGCGCAAGUGGAAUAACCACAAAUCGUGUUGCCCUACGUACGCACUGCGUUGCGACGCGGAGAAUUAUCGCUUUACUAAAGCGCAGAAGAAGGUUCUGCGAGCGCUUCACAGCUACUUGAAAACAGGGAAAACAUCAAAAGAGGAAGAGAAGCCACAUGAAAAAGCUGAGUACUGCAGAGACCCACCAGUUAUGACCAAGGAUCUAGCGAGCAAUAAGCAUGAAAUAAGUUUGGAGACUUCCGGCGACUCGGGGUUCUUCUCAGAAGCUAAGGAUGAUCCAGUUGGCACGCGUAGGACGGGAUCUGCUCGACGCAGACGGUGGCAAGCAUUGCAGGCGAAAAUGGCGAGGAGGGCCAAGGAGUUAGCUCCACUCUCUCCCGUCACCAUCACCACCAUAAUUUGUGUGAAUGUGUGUGUGCUCUCCUUUGCCGAAGGCUACUGGCUGGAUGGCAAGAAACUCAUUGGUGUCGGUGUGAUAGACAUACUUCCUGGUUGUCUCUCCUCUGUUUACUUCUUCUACGAUCCCGCCUUCGCCUUUCUCCGUCUCGGCACAUACUCUGCUCUCCAAGAAGUAGCUUUCGUUCGCCACUUGCAUCGCACUUACGGAUCAGUUGUGCCAGCUUACGCCGAUUUUACAUUCUACCAUAUGGGCUUCUACGUUCACUCCUGUGGUAAAAUGGUGUACAAGAACAACUACUUGCCCUCCUACCUUGCCUGUCCGGAGACCUACGAGUGGAUUCCAAUAGAGCGGUGCCAGCGUCUGCUGGACCGUAACAGUUAUGCUCGAUUUGCAGAGCCAACUGUGGCGAAGAUGCCAAGUGUCGAUGUUGACAAAGUGGUUCUUCUCCUCCCUUUGUCCACAUCGUUGGCUUGGAUUCUGCCAAAACCCCAAUUCACUGUCGAAGGCAACACCAUCGUCACUACUGUUGGUGCCGCUAGACGAAUACUGAGCGAGCACGACUUCCAGUUGGUGCGAGAUUGGGCCAAUCUGGUACCUUCCAUUGGCACCAUACGAAUUAACUUUACUCACUAA